AUGCAAAAAAAGAGCCGCAAUUGGGCACUGUUUUUAAUGUUUUAUGGAUGUUUAACAACAUAUUUUUCUUUAUUCUACAGUAGCAGGUUAACUACACAUAAUAAACAACUGAUAAAUAUGUCAUUAUCUUCUAAACUUACAGUCAAGGAUAUUAAUAUUCAAGAUAAAAGAGUCUUCAUUAGAGUGGACUUCAAUGUUCCUCUAGAUGGUAAGACUAUCACUUCUAAUCAAAGAAUUGUCGCCGCACUACCAACUAUUAAGUACGUUUUGGAACAAGGUCCAAAGGCCAUCAUUCUAGCUUCUCACUUGGGUAGACCAAACGGUGAGAGAAAUGACAAGUACUCUUUAGCUCCUGUUGCUGAGGAAUUGGAGAAGUUAUUAGGCCAAAAGGUUACCUUUUUGGACGAUUGUGUUGGUGAAGAGGUUGCCUCUGCUGUCAAUGGCGCUUCUAAGGGUUCCGUCUUCUUGUUGGAGAACUUGAGAUUCCACAUUGAGGAAGAAGGAUCCAGAAAGGUCGAUGGCGAGAAGGUCAAGGCUUCUAGCGAGCAAGUUGCUACCUUCAGAAAGCAAUUGAUGGCUUUGGCAGAUGUUUACGUUAACGAUGCCUUCGGUACUGCACACAGAGCUCACUCUUCCAUGGUUGGCUUUGAAUUGCCAGAAAGAGCUGCCGGUUUCUUGUUAUCCAAGGAAUUAGAAUACUUCGGUAAGGCUCUAGAGAACCCAACUAGACCAUUUUUGGCUAUCUUGGGUGGUGCUAAGGUUGCCGACAAGAUUCAAUUGAUCGACAACUUGUUGGACAAGGUUGACUCUAUCAUCAUCGGUGGUGGUAUGGCUUUCACCUUCAAGAAGGUUUUGCAAAACAUGGAGAUUGGUGACUCCAUUUACGACAAGGCAGGUGCCGAGAUUGUUCCAAGAUUGGCUGAAAAGGCCAAGAAGAACGGUGUCAAGUUGGUUUUCCCAGUUGACUUUGUCAUCGGUGACGACUUCUCUCAAAACGCCAACUCCAAGGUUGUUAGCGACAAGGAGGGUAUCCCUGCCGGCUGGGAAGGUUUGGACUGUGGUCCUGAAUCAUUGAAGUUGUUCGGUGAAACCAUCGCUGAAGCUAAGACCAUUGUCUGGAACGGUCCACCAGGUGUCUUCGAGAUUGAGAAAUUCUCUAACGGUACUCAAGGUAUGUUGAAGCACGUUGUUAAAUCCUCUGAAGCUGGUAACACUGUUAUCAUUGGUGGUGGUGACACUGCUACCGUUGCUAAGAAGUUCGGUGUUGUCGAAAAGAUCUCUCAUGUCUCUACCGGUGGUGGUGCUUCUUUGGAAUUGUUGGAAGGUAAGGACUUGCCAGGUGUCACCUUCUUGUCCAACAAGCAAUAA